AUGCGGCGGGCUCGGGCCGCGGGGCUGCCGGCGCUGGCCGCGCUGCUGCUCGUGGCUGCGGCCAGAGCCCAGGUAGAGCAGGAGCCGUUCCUGGAGACCACCGAGGGCACCGGCAUCAGCAUCAAGUGCUCACACGCCAAUAUCCGGAUGGGCAAUUUCAUCCAUUUCUACCGUCAGCUGCCGGGCCAAAGCCCCGAACUCGUGGCGGUCACUGCUAAAGCCUCCAAGGAGGUGCGAGCCCCUGAAGGGCGUCUGACGGUGCCGGUAGAUCGGCGUUCCAGCGCGCAGUGGCUGGCUGUGCCCCGGCGCGGGGACGCGGCCGUGUAUUACUGCGCGCUGGGGGCCCGGGCAGAGGAGCCGGGGCUGCGGCCGGGCACGAACCGCCGCGGGCGGGGCCGGGCGGGGCCAGCAGGGGCCGCUCCGCUCCCGGCUGACGCCGCUCGGCGGGGCACGGACCGAGCCGCGCCUGGAACCCGCGCCACCCCGAUCGGGAACCACCACGGGCCCCGCACACGGCCUGGCCUCCUGCCAGAGACACCUCCGAGCACAAGGAUGCUGCCCUGCAAGGCGUACGAAACAAUUCUGCUGGAGAGGAACAUUUCGGCAGCGGUUGAGGCACUCAGGGAAGGGAUUUCUGAGUCUAUGGGCAGCCAAAGGAAAGCUCAGGAGACGUUGGCUCGUGGGUCGGUGAGGAAGGGGACGUGCUGACAAAUGACAGGGAAAAGGGCUGUCACACUCCGGGCCAGCUUGCCCUCAGUUUAACUGCUAUUGCUUCUCCUCCCUUCCAUCACAUCCCUCAGCCUCUCUGACGCCUUGCAGGGAAUAAAGCAUCACCCAGAGUAGGAGAAGAACUUAUUAACAAAUUCUUAUUUCACACAGAAUAGUGCACGGUACCACAAACACACUCUGGAGCUUGCACACACCCAAAGAGUAACUCAUAGCUCUGCAUCUAUGAAGAGGUCUGUGCACAUUCAUUUCCAAAGGAGACCCAGGCACAGACACUUCUCCUUCUGCCAUGUCCUUACUGAUGUGCAAACAUGCACGCUCGCUCCUAUUCCUGCUCCUGCACCCAAGCCUUUGCCCGCACAUCUACAUGAACACUCCUGUCCAGAGAUGUGCACACACAAAGCACAUGCUGUGAUACUCUGUCCGAAGAUACUCUCAUCUACCUCAUGAUAUUCAGUCCACCGGGCAUCCUGUUCGAUAUCCUGGUUUGGUGGGGGCUUGUCAGGGCCCCGGGACUGGAACUUGAGUUAUUGUUCGCAGGUGUGUUUAUCCACCCCAUGGAACACCGAACCCAGUGAAAGGAGAAGGGGCACUUUGCCCUUCUUUGCCUGUAUCGCUUUGCUACAAUGGCCUUGGGAUUUCUCCACCUCCUAACCUGGCUGGACUCUUUUCUGGAAUGACCUUUUGGUGAUCUCCAGAGAAGACCCUUCAUCCACUGUACAACCACCGUGACAGAUGGACUGAGAUGGGAGAAGCCAUUCCCUCCAAGACUGAGACAUGAGAUCCCAAUAUGGAAAAGACUCCUUUUCUCCUAAGAACUGAGACUGAAACUUCUAACCCAAGGGGGAGGAUAUGUGGGGUGGGGGGCAAGUAGCUGCGGGUGUGACCACUGGACCAAGAAGACAAUAGCCCUUGCUCAAUGCUGACCAGAUGAGAUCAUAAGACCAUUGUAUCUUUUCCCUCAUCCUUCCUAACUUUCAAUAGAAAAAUCCUAAUAAAAACCCCUCGGGUUAGCCUGAGAUUUCGAGAUCUCCGCAGCGUGAAAGCAACUCCUCGACUGGACCUGGACUGGACCUUGACUGGACCACAAAGAACUUCGUCGCCUCUAUGUUGGUAGCUAUUGCCUCCCUUUGUCUCAACCCUUUUCUUUCCAUAGGCUUUCUCUCUCUUUUCCCCAAUCCCCUCCAAGGCAUUUUGCUGUGACUAUUCAAUAAAGUAUACUGGUUUUGAUUGUUACUGCAAACCCCUUGCCGUGUUGGUGUUUUGUACCCUGAGAUCCAGUAAGGAACCAUCACAAUCUCCGUUCGUAAGGACGGAUCGUGACACAUCCCAACACAGA